CCACCUCUUCUUUGACCGUGCGCAUUUCAGUGCAUUGUGCUGGGGCGACUCACAUUGACAACACCAGAGGUGUAUCUUACUGGAGGCUAAAUAUGGCAGAGAGUACCAGUAGCAGUGCGGCCAAUCUUCCGCCCGGAGACCCACAGCUUAUAAACAUGAUUGUUGAGCAUCUGAAAAACCGAGGCCUCUUCGAUGAGUUCAGACGAGACUGUAUUGGUGAUGUUGAUACAAAACCAGCCUAUCAGAAUUUACGCCAGAAAGUGGACAACUUUGUGUCCAAUCAUCUGAGCACUCAGGAUUGGAACCCUUCAAUCAACAAAAACCAAGUGCGAAAUGGUUUAAGGCAGACAGUUGUGCAAUCAGGCAUGCUGGAAUCUGGGGUGGACAGGAUUAUCACACAGGUAGUGGAUCCUAAACUGAACCACAUCUUCCGGCCACAUAUAGAGGACGCCAUUCACGACUUCUUAUCCAUGGAGAAGAAAGAAGAGGGUGGCCCUAACACUGCAACAUCAGAGGCUGAGCCACAGGAUGUCAGCAACGCAGCCCCUAAAACCCCAUGAGGACUGACUCCCUCCUGGAAGCGACUCGUUUGUGUACCUGAGUAUGCUAACUGACAGUAUGAAUUGGCUGCCAGCAUAGUUUGCCUCAGUGUUGAAAGUUUUGCAGUACGUCAGUUGAGGUGAUAAUUUGCAGCAGUUAACUGGAACGGGAGAAGCAGCUAUGUUCUAUUCAGAAUCUCAGGAUAUGGAGUAUUCUGUCAGAAUUACAUAACAUACUUGAAAUUCUUCUGGGUUGUGUUUGUUUGAUGUGUGAGAACUCAGUGAGUGUACAUCACUUUUCCUUGCUAUGCAGCAAUAAACUACUGUUAUGAGCUUUUAACACACCACCUGAAUUGUUUUGGUCAUGUCGCUGAAUGGUCUGAACAUAGCUCACAAGACCACCUACUAAGACCAGACCAUUUCAGGCUUAAUGUCAUAGAACUCUACUCUAUUUGACAGGGACAGUCAUCAAAGACAUGGCUGGAACCCUUCCCCCAGUGUAUGAAGGACAAUAUUCAGCAAUGGAGGUUGUGAUGGUGUCUGUCUGUCUGUCCAGACAGAGUGUGUAUGAAUUAAAAUCACAAGGGUACAUUAUUUUACGUUGGCUAAACAAGAAAAUAAACAUACGCACAAAUGUCAACUGAGGACUGUAUAUGUGUGUGAGUUUGAGCAUGUGCACAUCAGCUCUUAGAGAGAAGAAUAUUGAUUUUUUUUUUCUGUCUCUGUAUACUCAAUGAAAAAAGAAACCUUUUUGUGUUCCACUCUCGAAUUUAGUCAUUUGUCUGAACUGUUUUAUUACCAUGAGGAUAUUUUUUUUUGUCUUUUAUGCUUCCCCCCAGUAUGACCCAGCCAAUUUAGGGUUCCUUUUGGACUAAUAAACUGCACUUGAGCAUCUUCUGUCAUCCACACGUUGUAAAAUGGAGAACCACCCUGCAUAUAAAUUUCAAUUUAUUACA